AUGCCUUUGAUUAAUUUGAUUAGCACGAAGCAAGUGCCGUCGAUGGGUUCGAGUGACGUGACAGUGGCGCAAACGGCAGCAAAAGCCGCGCGGAAGGAGUUACGUGAGACGGAAGAUGCCAAAAAAGUCGGUUUGAGUCAAAUGACGGCUUGGAUCAAAAAUAAUCCGGAUAUCGAAGAUGUUCAGACAGAUGAGAAUUUUCUUCUGCGGUUUUUAAGGGUGAAAAAAUUCAAUGUUCCGUUGGCGGAACAAAUGUUGUUGAAAUAUUUGAAUCUGAAAAAGACGUUGCCUCAUCUGACGGCGCAUUUGGACUUUUUGUCGCCCAGUUUGAAUGAAAUUAUUAACGAAGGAUACAUGUUUCCGUCGCCGUGUCGAGAUAAAAAUGGGAGACGAGUCAUAAUUGGGAUUGCAAAAAACUUUAACGCCCACAAAUACACUUCAUCAGACAUGGCAAAGGUUCAUUUUUUGACAUACGAAACACUUCUUUGUGAACCAACUAAUCAAAUAUUGGGCUUCACGCACAUUGGUGACUUUAACGGGUUGUCUGUCAGUCAUGUUACGAUGUGGAAUCCGACGGAAUUCAGCAGAAUUUUGAAAUGGGCUGAGCAAAGUGUACCGAUGCGACAUAAGGAAAUUCAUCUUGUUAAUGUUGGUGCCGGUGUCAAAUGGAUUAUUGACGUUGGCAAAAGUAGAACGAGUAAAAAGAUGCAAGAAAGACUUCAGGUGCACGCAAAUCCUGAUGACUUAAAGAAGAAAUUCUCACCUGAAAUACUUCCAGUUGAAAUGGGGGGUUCGAAGUACACAAUUCAAGAAAUGAUCCAACUAUGGCGUGAAGAACUCGCAAUGAAACGCGACGAAAUAAUGGCCUUGGAUCGCAUGAAGAUCAUUGACGAUCGUGGCAUCAUAGGGCGUCGCCACGAUCAAGGACACAAAGGCAACAAGAAACUUUUUGCUGAUUCUGUGAUUGGUAAUUUUAGGAAACUGGAGUUAGAUUAA